UGGUGCUGGCUGGUGCAUUUCCUUGGGGUGGAGGCGCUCGUGGUCGAGAGUGAGGAGGGGGCAAAACCUGCUCACCUUCCUGCUUCUACUGGGAGCUCCAGGGAGUCUCCUUCACCCUGAAGAAGAAGCUGAAGCCUCAAAGCCCCUUUACUGGAGAAGAUCCACAAGGUGGAAUUUCCAAGGUGGUCACAGACCUCCAUCCCUUGGAAGGGACUCUGUCGGAGGCUGCUUUGGAGCAGAUUAAAGAUGGAAAAGGAAGACAUGGCUGGCUAUAAAGCAGGAAAAGGCCCUGAGGCCAACCAGGCUGGGAGGACUGGGGAAUUCUGGGAAAGGACGGGGCAGCAGAUCCAGGAAGAGGACACCAGCAACUCAGAUGCACAGUGCCAACACUUCAGGCAGUUCGGCUACCAGGAGACUGAGGGGCCCCGAGAGGUUUGCAGCCAACUCCACCACCUUUGCCGUCAGUGGCUGAAGCCAGAGAGGCACACGAAAGCUCAGAUGCUGGACCUGGUGAUCCUGGAGCAGUUCUUAACUGUCCUGCCCUUGGAGAUGGAGAGCUGGGUGAGGGAAUGUGGAGCAGAGACCAGUUCUCAGGCAGUGGCCCUGGCAGAAGGGUUCCUCCUGAGCCAGGCAGAGGAGAAGCAGCAGGAAGAGCAGCAGACACAAGGACUGUUGUCGGACGCUGUCCCUGCUUUCCAUGAGGCAGAGAAGGCUCCACUGGACGCUGGGCAGAGGCUGUUGUCCAAGGGGAUCUCACAGGAGGGGGACAGAAGUGCCACCUUGCUGGGAGCUGGCAUGACUCUGCCUCUGCAUUCUCAGCCAUCUCUUCCUUCGGGUGGAGUGGAAGGCGCUUCAGGACGACCAGACCAGGGCCAGGUGACCUUUGAGGACGUAGCUGUGCAUUUCACAGAGGAGGAGUGGGCUCUGCUGGAUUGUGGCCAAAAGACUCUGCACAGGGAAGUCAUGGAAGAGAAUGGCUGGAAUGUGGCCUCUCUGGGUGACAGUUGGGGGAGGAAAAAGGAAGAAAAAUCCAGCUGGGUAAGUGCCAGAUGGAAAAAGAGAGAAGAAGAGAGAAAGGGAACUGAAGCAAAAUCGAAGUACAAGAUUGGACCAUCUGCUUCUCAGGAUGGCGAUGUCCAUAAAAAUGGAAUGCAAAAAACAAUGCAGAAAGAAAGAGAAAGAAGCCUGCAGCUUCCGAGUAGUAAAAGCUUCCAUUCUAAACCAGACCUUAAACGUCAGGGGGAAAUGCACAUGGAAAAGAGAUCAUAUAAAUGCUUGGUGUGUGGAAAGAGCUUCAGCGAUAAGGGAAUGCUUACUAGGCAUCAAAGAACACAUACAGGAGAGAAACCAUAUGACUGCUUGGAGUGUGGAAAGAGCUUCAAUGAGAAUGGAAAGCUUACUAGGCAUCAAAGAAGGCACACAGGAGAGAAACCAUAUGACUGCUUGGAGUGUGGAAAGAGCUUCGGGGAGAAGGGAAAUCUUAUUGUACAUCAAAGAACUCACACAGGAGAGAAACCAUAUAAAUGCUUGGAGUGUGGAAAGAUCUUCAGUCAGAAGGGAAAUCUUACUUUGCAUCAAAGAACCCAUACAGAAGAGAAACCAUAUAAAUGCUUGGAGUGUGGAAAGAGCUUCAGGCAGAAGAGAAAUCUUACUUUGCAUCAAAGAACCCAUACAGAAGAGAAACCAUAUAAAUGCUUGGAGUGUGGAAAGAGCUUCAGGCAGAAGGAAAUGUUUAAUAUGCAUCAAAGAAAGCACACAGGAGAGAAACAAUAUACAUGCUUGGAGUGUGGAAAGACCUUCAGCCAAAAGGGAGUGCUUAAAAGGCAUCAAAGAACGCACACAGGAGAGAAACCAUAUAAAUGCUUGGUGUGUGGAAAGAGCUUCAACGAUAAGGGAAAUCUUACUAGACAUAAAAGAACACACACAGGAGAGAAACCAUAUAUAUGCUUGGAGUGUGGAAAGAGCUUCAGACAGAAGGGAAAUCUUAUUUUGCAUCAAAGAACCCAUACAGAAGAGAAACCAUAUAAAUGCUUGGAGUGUGGAAAGAGCUUCAGGCAGAAGAGAAAUCUUACUUUGCAUCAAAGAACCCAUACAGAAGAGAAACCAUAUAAAUUCUUGGAGUGUGGAAAGAGCUUCAGGCAGAAGGAAAUGUUUAAUAUGCAUCAAAGAAAGCACACAGGAGAGAAACAGUAUACAUGCUUGGAGUGUGGAAAGAGCUUCAGGCAGAAUAGAAAUCUUAUUGUACAUCAAAGAACCCACACAGGAGAGAAACCAUAUAUAUGCUUGGAGUGUGGAAAGAGCUUCAGGCAGAAGGGAGCUCUUAUUGUACAUCAUAGAACCCACACAGGAGAGAAACCAUAUAUAUGCUUGGUGUGUGGAAAGUGCUUCAGGCAGAAGGGAAAUCUUACUGUGCACCAAAGAAACCACACAGAAGAGAAAGCAUAUAAAUGAUUGGAGUGUGGAAAGAGAAACAAGCCUGCGGCCCUCGAGUAGUAAAAGUUUCAGUUCUGAAACAGGCUUUUAAACGUCAGGGGGAAAUGCAUGUGGAAAAUAGAUCAUAUAAAUGCUUGGUGUGUGGAAAGAGCUUCAGCAAUAAGGGAAUGAUUACUAGGCAUCAAAGAAGGCACACAGGAGAGAAACCAUAUACGUGCUUGGAGUGUAGAAAGAGCUUCAGGCAGAAAAGGGAAUCCUUACUAGGCAUCAAAGAACCCACACAGGGAGAAACCCUAUAAAUGCAUUGAGUGUGGAAAGAACUUCAGUCAGAAGAAGUUCCAACUGACAAGUAGAGAAAGGAUUUCAGUCAGAAGAGAAGCCUUACUUCACUUCAAAGAAACCCACACUGAGGUGAAACCAUAUAGAUGUUUGGAGUUGGAAAGAGAUUCCAUCAAUGCUCAAAUCUCAUUUCAUAUCAAAGGAUUCUGAAAGGGGAAAUGGACAAGUGUGUGCGUGAGAGAGAGAGAGAGUUUCUGUUAAGUUAAGAUGAUUUUCAGCAUCAAAUUUGACACAUAGGGAAUAGUCCCUAUGCACAAGGAGGGAGGCCCUAAGUAGACCCCUGAGAGAGAAGAUGAUGUGGGAGUUGGAGGCUCUAGAGAAAAGAACAGUUUUAGGGCUGGAAGGGAAGUAGCCAAGGAAGCCAUUUUGAGGAGAAAUUGGAUGAGAGCAGGGCCAGUUGUUCUGGUAAGAACUUAUCUGCCUACUUCCCUUUCAGUAUCAUCUUCACAAGUUAGCCCUCUUCAGCCUAAAUGUACCAGAGUUUGUCAGUUCCCAACGCUAACCCUUUAUUAUAUUCUUACUCAGUUUGUGUUCAUAAGUUGGUAACUUCUCACAUCUGUUACAUACAGGUGAAACUCAAAAAAUUAGAAU